GCGGGUGGGCGGCGCGGUGCGGGAGCCGCCGGCUGCGGGGCGCCCAACGGAGUGCGGGGCGGCCGCGGCCCGCAGGUGAGUGCGGGGGCCGUGACUCAGCAGAGCCGUUCUGCGCGUGAGGGCUCCGCGGGAUGCGGGGCAACGGGGACGGCCCCGCAGCGGGGGCGAUGAGCGGGGGGUCCCGGGUUAUCGGUCCGUAACCGGCGAGAGCGCGGGGCGGGGGGGGCUCUCGUGGCCGUGCCGCAGGGCGAGCACAGGGCGCAGCCCUUCCUCCUGCCGCUCGGGGCUGCCUGCCCUCAGCGGGUGCACCUGUUGUGGUGCCGUGCCGCAGCUGUCCGUACGGCCGGCGGCGGGCUGCGUUGCCCCGGCCCUGCGGGUCGCGGGCUUCUGCUCGGUGCCGACCGCAGCCAGUGGGGCGAGGCUGCCCGCAGCUCGUCGUGCUGCGAGGAGAGCUUCGUGAGCGGGCGGCUUUGCGGCUCGGAAGGAGGUGAUGAUGGCCUGCGAGUCCCUGCCCGGUAAACAGCCGCCGCUCCUCCCCUUGCGCGGUGUCGUUCCUUUCCGUGUCCGACAUCCAGUGCUCGCGUUGUCCCCACCGACCUCUGCUUGUCCUCACCGACCUCUGCUUGGUGCCUUCUCAAUUAGAAGGAAAAUGGGGUUACUGCACUCUGCUCAUGCUGAACUACACUGAACUGUUUUGAGUAGACUGUGCAGACAUCCGCUGAAAGACCUGUCACUGCUUGCCAUUGAUUGGAGGCACGCUUAAUGUCACUGUGUUGGCACCAAAAUGCUGUCCAAGCUAACACCCCACUGACAGAGCCAUUGGCGUCACCCAGAACGGUUGACUUGGGUUUCACAUAAAUAAGGAAGACACAAAGUAUCUCGGUGAGAGGGUGAACGCGUUCUGGAUGGGGCUCCAUAGGACCAGCACAAGAGAGCAGGGGAGUUCACUGCCGCAGUAUUAGGAUGCCCUCCUCAGAAAUGCAUGAGGUUUGGGUUCAGCUGGAGCAUCCCCUCCUGAAGCCUGCGGUCCUGAGGUUGUGUUCUCAGCACAGAUAAUUUCUGUGAAGCAGUUAAGUUCCAAAUUGCUUUGUCUUUCCUGCAGUGAUGCUGUAGCCUGAAACGUUUUUAGGUUCUCUUGGACAGUCAGUAGGUUGCACCUGUAACUGAAAGAGCUGGGAUUUACUACAGAAAACAAGACUGUAACUUGUUAUGAUCAUCUUGUUUCCAGCUAAUACCUCUUCUGUGCUCUCGUCUUGUAUUAGUUUGAUUCACAGGGAACCUGUAUCUGAAACUGGUUGCGAGGGAUCUCUUCCUGGUUUCCUGUGCAUCCUGAGGUCACAUGUUUACAAACAGCAACUUUCUGAAGGCUUCUCCAUUGUUGUAGUGGGUGGCCAAACAAAUGUUAUCUGUGUUUAAAAAGAAGAGCUCUCCUUAUCUGCAUCCUCCUGAUGGAGGCUUGGUCCUGAAAUUGAUGACCUGAAUUAAAGGCGGUGAAGAAAAAAACCCUCCUUUCUGUAGACUUACUUGUAUUAACUUGCAUUUUCUCCACACUUCCUUUUCGGAGAUGCUUUAUCAUCUCCUGCGAUCUGUUCCUCUACUGCACAGGAGUACAGUUCAUGUUUGCUCUGUAGUUAUACCUUAACUGUCAGAAGUGCUCCAGGCUUGUGUAAUGCUUACAAAGUGCCCAACAGCAUUUACUGAUUAUGUGGCUCUUGUGGCUCGUGCCCUGGUGCAGAAACUAAUGGCAGGGCUUGGGAGGUGAUAGUGGCGUCAAAGGAAAAGGGCUGUGUACAGAAGUAUGUUGUGAAGAACUACUUCUACUAUUACUUAUUCAAGUUUUCAGCUGCUUUGGGUGAAGAGAUCUUCUAUAUCACUUUCCUCCCGUUUAUCUACUGGAACAUCGAUCACUCUGUGUCCAGAAGGAUGAUAAUCAUUUGGUCUAUUGUGAUGUACAUAGGGCAGGUCUCCAAGGACAUCCUCAAGUGGCCGCGGCCCCUCUCACCACCUGUUGUGAAGCUGGAGAUGAGGACGGAUGCGGAGUAUGGGAUGCCUUCCACCCACGCCAUGGCAGCUACUGCCAUCUCCUUCUCCUUUUUCAUCACGACCACGAACCAGUACAAGUACCCGUUUGAGCUCGGCCUGACGGCAGCGUUCGUGUUCUCCACGCUGGUGUGCCUCAGCAGGCUGUACACGGGGAUGCACACUGUGCUGGAUGUGAUUGGCGGGGCGCUGAUCUCAGCAGUGCUGCUGGUGCUCCUGUACCCCGUGUGGGAUAGCAUCGACCACGUGCUGCUGACCAGCCCCUUCUGCCCGCUGCUGUCCAUCGCCGUGCCCCUCCUGCUGUGCUACAACUACCCCAAGCUGGACUAUUACAGCCCCACCCGCGGGGACACCACCACCAUCCUCGGGGCCGGAGCCGGCGCGACUGUGGGGUUUUGGUUGAACAACCAGUACGUGGCACCUGCCCAUGUGGGCAGCACCAUGGCAUUUCCUCUCAUCACCAGUACCGUGGUGGUGCUCAUGCUGGCCAGGUUCUUAGUAGGGCUCCUCGUGAUCCUGCUGACACGGCAGCUGAUGAAGAACGUGGUCCUGCGCGUGCUGUGCUACUGCUACACGUUCCCCAUCGCCGACCUGGAUGCCCGGAGGAGGCUGGAAGUAGAGGUGCCAUAUAAAUUUGUAACAUAUUCAUCAGUGGGCUUCACUGCUACCGUCAUUGUGCCACUGCUGCACGAGCUGUUGGGGCUGAUUUGAGCCUGGCUCCUUGGCAAGUAGCUCAUGGCACCACCGUUUCAGAGAGAAGCUGUUCAAGGCUUGAACUUGAUCAAAAAGGGUUUGUUGCCUUUCUACAACUGGCAAAACACCCAGCUCUGAAAACUGGAGAGGACUCCCUGUACCCAAAUAACUUUGAUUUAGAUAUCAUCGAUCCCAUUGAUACCGCAUCCCAUGAAGUAGUGACCCAUGGCCAAGGUGGCUGAGCAUGGUGAGCCCAGCACGAAGCCACGUCCCCACCAGUCAGCAGUGCCACGAGCACACACAAAAAAGAAGAAAAAUCCAAGCCCACAGAGUGAUUUCUAACCAGUCUCCCCCUAAUCCUAACCCAAAGAUCCUUUCCCUGUACGGUGGAGCAAAGUGGUGGCAGUGGUGAGGCUUGUGGGGGUGCUUCUGGAGCCCGGCUCUGUGUCCAUGCAGGGACGGGGGGGCAGACAGCCCCUGCGCUGCCCCGGGCUGAGGGGCGAUGCUGAGCUGCCACAUCGCUGUUGGUCUUCCGCACAUCUUGCAGUACAGUACGAAGCUGUAGAAUAGCAUUAGCAGUGUUCCUGGGUGCGCCAUCGCUGCGCUGCUCAGGCUGUGUAUGUAAUGGCGUGUACUCAGUCCAGGACCGAUGAGCUGUAUAAGAAAUACAGCGGUGAGUGUGGUCUGCUGGGCUGGGAGAGCGUAGCGCUGCACCGCAGAGCUCAGGGUGAGCUGCGUGCCUUCCCUGCCUGCGCAGCGCGAGCUUUAGCCGUGCACCUUCGUGCUCAUGGCUGCAAGGUUGACUUGGACGGAAGGAAGGCGCUUUGCCGUCUGUUGGCUGCCUGUAAGCACACAGCCGAGCCCCAGCGCCGAGCCGGGGGUCUGCCUGACCGGCUGGGGCACUUGAAAGAGCCGCGUCAUCUCAGACACGGUCGGUGAGCUGCGGAAGGAACGCAGGCAGAAACGUUAGCGAUUCGUAGGUUCGCCCGGGCUGCGGUUAAACUGUUUUAAAUUAGAGUGUGCGGACACAUCUGUCUUCGCAUGUGCACGCAAAGAGCCUGGAUGGAUUUCCUCCCACGGUGCCGUGGUGGGCGCGGGGCUGCGGCCACCAAAGCUGCUGCGUCCCCGCACGGCCCCCUCCUGGUGCUGCCGGUCACAGCCGCAGGUGGGACCUGGGGGGGCUGAGAGGUACAGCCUGGGGCGGGGGAGCGCCCUUGUGUGACAUUCCUGUUGUGAAUAGCAGCUACUUGGUGUUAUGGAAACCCGUGUAGGUUGUACAGAGAUGCUCGGGUUUAUAAAGUACGUGCACAGAUAUUUGUAUCUUUUAUAGUAUUCACCCGUAUGGGAUUCAUGCGAUAUGUGCAAACUGGACUUGGUUCGAGUUUUAAAAUAUAAAUAUUUUGCAAGA